GGCUGGUUCAUCUUCCAGCUCUUGAUUCAAGACCACUUUGGGAACAGCUUUCUUCCAAGGCUAGGGGAGCAGACAGAACAUACCUGCAAUAGGACUAACAGAAGACAGAUUUGGGAAAGAAAAGCCAGCUGUGUAUCGGAGCAUAGAAAUAGCCCUGCUGGAGCUGGCCAAGACCAUCUGGCUUUUGGCUGGCCAGAGGCUCCUGGAUGCUCACAAGCAGGAGGUGGAGAGAUUCCCUUCUCCCUCCAUUGUUCCCCUGGUGCAACCCAUCUUCGGAGGCUGUCCCCCACCCAGAGAUAACAGUGAACUAUCAAGACAGCUGCUGCCUGGCUCUGAGGAGCUGAUGGAGGUAGACAAGGACUCUCGGUUUGAAACAGCGCCAGCCAGGGUGCCCUGAGAUGGGCGCUUCCUGAUCCGUAGCACCUGCAUCAUGCAGAAAUCCUCAAAGCUGCUCCUCCUGUUUCUUCUGCUCCACCAGAAAAUAGAGUCUCGCACCACUGGGUAUUCCACUAAAGAUAUGUUGGAGGCAUGGCAGAGAUACCAAGAGGCCUGCAUUCGCAAGAUGAUGGAAGACCCUCAACCAACAGGCCUGGUGUGCAACCGUACGUUUGACAUGUACGUUUGUUGGGACGAUGCCCUUCCCAAUACAUCUGCCCAAGUUCCUUGUCCCUGGUAUCUCCCUUGGCACCAGCAAGUACAAGAUGGCUUUGUGUUCCAGAAAUGUGGUGCAGAUGGGCAGUGGGUGAUAGACGCAUCAGGACUGCCAUGGCGCGAUCAUUCCCAGUGCGUGGGCCUCAACAACGAUCUCCCUUUCCAGAAACAUUUGUGGAUUCUGGAACAAUUCCGACUAAUGUAUACCGUGGGCUACUCCGUCUCCCUAAUGGCUCUCCUUGUGGCCUUGGCACUCUUGGCAGCAUUCAGGAAGCUCCGAUGCAAACGCAACUACAUCCACAUGAAUCUGUUCCUGUCCUACGUGCUGCGGGCAGUCUCCAUCCUUGUCCGGGACACUCUCCUCUGGCUUCAUUUCCCCAAGGACCUCCAGGUGGACCUCUCGCAUCUUCCAAGGGAGCAGGCUGUAGCCGGCUGUCGCCUGGCGCAGUUCCUAACCCAAUAUUGCGUCUGUGCAAACUACUUUUGGCUACUAGUAGAAGGGCUCUACCUCCACAAUCUGCUGGGACAAAUGGCCUUCUCGGAAGAAACUUAUUUCCCAGCUUAUGUGCUCCUUGGAUGGGGGGCACCUGUCCUGUUUGUCAUCCCUUGGGGGAUCAUGAGAUACCUGUAUGAAAAUAAUGAGUGCUGGGAGAGAAAUGAUAACAUGGGUUACUGGUGGAUCAUCCGUUGUCCGAUCUUGGUAUCCAUCUUUGUCAACUUUGUGAUUUUCAUCCGUGUUAUUAAGAUCCUGAUCUCCAAGCUCCGGGCACAGCAGAUGGGUUACAUGGAUUACAAAUGUAGGUUGGCCAAGUCUACUCUAACCCUCAUCCCUCUGCUGGGCACUCACGAGGUGGCUUUUGCCCUGGUUACAGAGGAGCAGGCUCAGGGCACCUUGCGUUACAUCAAAUUCUUCUUCGAGCUCUUCCUCAACUCCUUCCAGGGCUUGUUGGUGAGCACCUUUUACUGCUUUGUCAAUAAAGAGGUCCAGUCCGAGAUCCAGAGGAAGUGGCAGGCAUGCCAGUUGGACAUCAGCCUGCUUGAGAAAGCAGGACGCAGCUUCGGCCUCUGGGGUUCUUGGCGCAGCCGAAAAAGUGAGACCGAGAAGCCCACCUGUGCUCCGAUUUACAGCCAAGCUGGACAAAAAGCUUCUCCAGGUGGCUUGGAGAAUGCAGCCGUGGCUCCCUUCAAGCAGACACACAUGAAUUGCACAUCUCCCUGGUACGUCCCCAUCAGGAUGAAAGCGGAGAAGUAGCCCAGGUGUCCCAGGAGUGACCGCAUCCUCAGGAACCGUGGCUGACCUUCAAGAUGUGACAGAACGCUGCCAGCCCUACAGAAGAGCAAGGGAUUUGAAGACAGACGGGAAGCUGACGCAGCUGUGAAGUCCUGGAGAAACAGUGGAACUCUUGUAAAUUGUCACUGGCCUGGUCGCCUGUGGGCGGUCAAGGCCACCUCUAGGCGCCUAGUAUGUAAAUUGCAAGAGGGCUGAUUUUAGUUUGUCGUUUUGGUGGGUUACUGCACCAAUGAAGCAGUCAAGGUUUACACAAUGCUCUGUGGUAGAAACCAUCCAAAACAAUUCAUAUGGGUCAGAACUUUUGUGGUUUUGAAAUCUGGGGACUUCAUGGAGACUCCAUGUUUUCUUGGCGACAGUGUAGAAGGGGGUUUCUGCUGCCCUUUUCUGGGAUUGUUUUGUUUUUAAUCUCCCACUCUGCCCAUUUCCCAGAUUUUAUAUCUGCCUUUGGCUUCAACAGAAGUUGAGAUGUGGAGACCACUUCUUUAUUGCUUUUAUUUAUUGGCUGGGUUUAUAGUCUACUUUUCAUCCAGGAGCUUAAAACAGCAGCCCCUAGCAUUGUCCCCCACCAUAAUAAUCCUGCAAAAUUGUGUGAGCGUGAUUUACCCCAAUCACCCCAUGAGUUUCUAUGGCUUAAUCUUGCAUCUGGGUCUCCUCUGUCCUAGUCCAGCAGCUUAAUGCCCCCCCCCCAUUGGCUCUCACUUCACAUUCCCAAUCCUGAAUCUCAUCUCAUUGUCCUUCUGGACUGAAAUCAUAACCCAGGAUGGGAAGAUGUGAGUUACAGAACAUCUUGGAACUACUAAUGUCGAAAUCCCGUUGGAUUACAACUGCGGAGAUCCAAAGGAGCAACGGGAAUUUUUCUGUUGACCUCAGCUGGUUCAGAUUUAUGCUGUGGGGCACUCCUUUGCUGAUGCACCCUGCCAGAAUAGGAUAGAUUUUGUAUCUUUACAGGAAUACCGUGCAUAAAAAACUUCUACUGAUUGACUGAAUCCUUGAAUUAACUGUAAAACCAAAGGACAUAUUUUCAUGGGCACUUCCAGACUGUGUGAGGAGAUACGUUUGGGACUUCUUAUCACUGUGGUUUUAUUGCUAGCUAAUCUCUUAUUGGUGCAGUCUUUUAUUUAUUCAGUUGAAUUAAAAACGGUUGUCUAUGUGGCUCUUGUGGGCACAAUGGAAUUAUUACCAAGAUAUCUAAAUUGGAGAUCCUGUGUUUUCCUGGAUAGAGGUGGGCUGUGCAGUCCUCAGUUUACGAUGGCAACCGGGACUGCUAGGAUUGCCGUUGCUAAGUGAUGCAGUCAUGUGACAUUAUGCUUUAUGACCGCAUCGCUUAACGACAGAAAUUUUGGUCCUAACUGCCAUCAUUACCCAAGGAUUACCUGUAGAGCUGAGUCUGUGAGAGACCAAAUACUUUACUUGAAAACAGAUUGAUAAAUAACCAGUACUUCGAUGAGACCUUCAGUAGCAAUGACUGGAUAUACACAUUACACCAGUGUUUCUCAACCUUGGC